CCGUUGAUUUUUUUUCCCUCGUCGUCGCCAUCCUGAGAGAGCAGCAACGGAGGAGACGUAGCGGAUUUUAUCGGGUCGUCCGUAGCGGUUCGUUUCUAGACGGCGGGCCUCGUCGAAAGUGCUUUUGUUGAUUUUUGGAGAAAGAAGCUGAUUUUGGGUCUUUUAACGGUCUUUGUCUCGGUGCUCGUUUGGAGACACUGCAGUCUGAUAUUGCGUUCGGGAAAGAGGGAGGCGUUGAAAAGUGAGUGCUGGAAAACUUUGCCACGGUGAAGAAAUAUCUGGGUGCAUAAAAGCAAAAGUUCGGGAUGUCUCUUUCGGUACCUCAGAACGGUGUGAAGGGGGAUAACGAACCCCUCAUCGAGCUUUUUGUGAAGGCGGGCUGCGAUGGAGAGAGUAUUGGAAACUGUCCGUUUUCUCAGCGUCUCUUCAUGAUCUUGUGGCUGAAGGGUGUGGUCUUCAAUGUCACCACUGUGGACCUGAAGCGAAAACCAGCUGACCUACAGAAUCUUGCCCCAGGAACACAUCCCCCUUUCAUUACAUUUAAUGGAGAGGUCAAGACAGAUGUCAACAAGAUUGAAGAGUUUCUAGAGGACGUCCUCUGCCCUCCAAAAUACUCCAAACUCAGUGCCAGACAUCCAGAAUCCAACACUGCAGGGAUGGAUAUAUUCGCCAAGUUUUCCGCCUUUAUCAAGAACUCCAAACCUGAUGCCAAUGAGGCAUUGGAGAGGGGACUGCUAAAGACCUUGCAGAAGUUGGAUGAGUACCUGUGUUCCCCUUUACCGGAUGAGAUCGACCACAACAGCAUGGAAGACAUGAAAGCAUCCGAUCGCAAGUUUUUGGAUGGCGAGGACAUGACGCUGGCAGAUUGCAACCUGCUACCCAAACUCCACAUAGUUAAGGUGGUGGCAAAUAAAUACAGAGGUUUCGAGAUCCCUAAAGACAUGACGGGCAUCUGGAGGUACCUGAACAACGCCUACAAGCGCGAGGAGUUCACCAACACGUGCCCAAGCGACAAGGAAAUCGAGAUCGCCUAUGCCGACGUAGCCAAACGGCUUGUUAAAUAAUGCCUCGACUCGCCCCAUCGCACCAUUCUGGGACUGUUUAUCACACAAGAAAGAGAAAAAACAAACUGGACUCUUUUUUUCCUUUUUUAUUUUGAGUUAAUAGCCAAAUGCAUGAUUUCUCCCUACUUGCCCCUUUGUUACAGUUCUGUAGGAUAUUUCAUCACACUUUACUAUAUCAAUUUUUAUUUUUUGUUUUAGUUUAAGUGUUAAGGCAGGUAAUAGCGGAUACUGAUGAUGUAUCAUUGGCUAAUAGACACAUCCAUAUAUCUCAUUCACCCACGCUAUGUAGCAAUAACAGAGUGGGUUCACCAGCCAUGUUGGUUUAUUAUUGAUUUACAAUGCUUGGAAGGUAAAACGUCCUAUUUCUUUUUUUUUUUGGCUAGAUUUAUAUAAACAGUGUUGAAAGCUCCAGUGUUUAUUUUCAGAGAGUUUUAGAGAGCGGCGUAGCACUCUGACCUUAACCCAAAUACUCCAAGACUCGAAUGAAUGAAGUUUAAAAUGAAUGAAGUGCAUAUUGAAUUAGGUCUAUGUGUCUUAAUGAAGUUCAUAUCAUAUACAUAAGUCAUUGUUAAGUUGCAGCACCUGUGGCCUUUUGAUGAAGGACAGUCAUCUUUAACAGACUAUAGACACAUGAAGAUAUGCUAUUGGUCUGCCUUAUUUACUCUUAAAGCAUUUAUUUACCAUGCAUCUCAUGGCAUGAAAACAUGAAGGGAAAAAUAGUGUAGCUCAAAAAGUAAAACUACAUCGCUUGACAUGAAGUGCCCUUAACAGCUCGAUAACUAGAGAAGGAUACGGUUUAAGUAGACAGGGCAUCACAUUGAAGGAGAAAGAUCGAGAUUUCAUCACAUUUAAAAGGUACGAGUUGUUUUUUAAGAUGUGAUGCUAACAAAGAAAGCCACAUGAAUGGAUGUCUGAAUAGAUUUAGCUUUAUAGCAUUACCAGGUUAAACUACACAAAGUUUGGGGUUUGAAUGUAAAUUCGAAAUUUUGGAUACAUUUUCUAAUUUGGCCAAAGAUGGAAAAAUAAAACUAAAAAUUGUUUGGCAUGUUUUCCCCCCUAAAAACGUUUUAAAAUUUGUAAAUAUUCUUUUCUUUCACUGAUAAUUGUGUACAUGUUAAACAUUCAUGACGUGAAUGAUUUGUAAAAUGACACCUCUCUGGCCUUAUACGUUUUCUCAAGGUAGCAUAAAAGUGCUUCUUAAAUUCAAUAAAUAUAGAGAAAAGACAUUCUUGACAUUAUAAAACUGAGAUGGCAAAAAGCUUGAAUGUAACACACAUGUCUGUUGUUGGCAGUGAGCGGUGUUUUGUGUGACUUUCCAAAUUUUGUUCUGCUUGUGCUCCGCCACUAACAGUGUAGAUAAGCUGAAGUGAAUUUGUAGCCAUAAAGUUUGGUACAGAGCACACGAUGACAUCAUUAUUAUAGACAAGAGCAUCACCAAAAAGGUCAUUUACUUUUGUGUUUUCUUUAUUGUUUCAUUUUUCAUAAUUGUGCCUUUGAAUGAUCAAGCACCAGAUUUUUUUGCUCCCUUCAUGCUCUUAUCAGUCUAAUGAUGAGAAACUAACCGUUAAAGCUUUCUGUAUGGAACCGAUGAGAUUUAACUCUUAAAACGCUGCAUGUUUGCCAUAUGCCAUCGCACUCUCAUUAAAUAAACUGCUGGCAGCUAUAACUUA